CUCACUUCACACACUUCCUUCUCCAUUUCCGCCUCUUCGUUUUUCUGCUGUGGUAACUGUUUCUUGAAAAGAAUGGGGAAGAUGAGAGAGAAUGUGGAGGAGGGUGAUAAUAAGAAGAAGAAAAGAAAGGGAAGAAUUGCUUGUUGUGAAAAAGAUGGAGUCAGAAGAGGAGCUUGGACCAAUGAAGAAGACAAGAUUCUUGUUGAUUUCAUCUCUCUUCAUGGCCACGGCACUUGGCGAAAUCUCCCUCAACUCGCCGGUCUCCUUCGGUGUGGAAAGAGCUGCCGUCUACGCUGGAAUAACUAUCUCCGACCGGACAUUAAGCGGGGCCCGUUUUCACCCGAUGAGGAGAACACAAUCACUCGUCUUCAAUCCACCCUCGGUAACAAAUGGGCUGCAAUAGCCUCCCAUUUACCCGGAAGAACGGACAACGACAUCAAGAAUUUCUGGAACUCCCAUCUCAGGAAAUCGCUCGCCCACGCAUCGUCUAAGUCGGGCGGCGACACGUCUCUGUCACAGCCCUGUCACUCUAGCACCACCACCACCCCACCGCUCUUUCUCCAAACGCCACCUGGCGGCAGUACUACUACUACUACUAACCACCCCGGAGGCGAUUACUUCAUACGCCUCUGGAAUUCGGAAAUCGGAGAAUCGUUUCGAGACGGAGCAACUGUAUUGUCCCACAGUCACAGUCCGGCAUCACAAGCGUCGAAUGUGGGACUCUUGAGCUGUAAGAAGGAACUGGGGGAUGACGACGACGUGGCGGCUUGUUAUUCGUCGAAAUCGUACGAGGAGUUGGAUGAUUCGUCGGAAGCGAUGCUGAAGCUGCUGCUCGACUUUCCGGUGGGUGGGGACGAUAUGGAGUUCCUUCAGGGUCCCGUCGGCGAUGCCUUGAAUUCUUCACAUAGUUGACAAAAGCUCACUUUCUUGAUUCUCGUGUUAUAAUUAGCUGCUUUUAGUGGUAGGUAAUUAGUUCAGUGUGCAUAGCAGUUGGGGGAGGAAAACCUAAUUUUAUUGCUUUCUUAAUCCAUAUAAUACAUUAGAAAAGCUACUAA